AGAAGAUUUCUUAUUGAAGCCAUGCAAAGCCCAGGGUUGGAAUAUCUGAUGAUGCUUCUCGUUGUCUGCCGCAUAGAGGACGUGUCUUCAGAUCACGAGCACACGCACCCCGUGUUGAGGAACUUCCAGAGUUGGGUCAGCGACAAGUUUUCAUCGGAGUCGCUGGAGGACCCACAGGCAACAAAAAGCUUUCUAAAAAUCGUAUUCGCAAGACUGAACACGCUUCGCUCUGAGAUCCCGUGCGGCAGGCAUGGCGGUGGGGCCAAUGCACGCUCUGACAAUUCAAAUCAUCUAGAUAGGGUAGAGCAAGCCAUUGUGGAACAAGUUUGCAAACACAGUGAUUGUAAGUUUAAGGAUAUUCUACGGUCGCCAGAAUAUUUGAAGAUGUUUUGUAAACUGACGCUGACGAGUGCCUUAUUCCCGGAACACAUAUGCAAUGCAAACUGGACGUCUUCGGAUGAAUUCGAUGAUGCCAAUAUGUUGAUGACGUCGGUUCGAAGACACUAUCGUAGGGACGCAGCCUUUUUGAAUGGGCAUGGAGGGGCUUCUUCGCUGAAUAUAGUUUUCGAAUAGUUAUUAACUAUUUUUCUAUAGUUAUAGAUCAUCAUCAUCAAAGUCGUCGUCAUCAUCAUCAUCAUCAUCAUCAUCAUCAUCAUCAUCAUCAUCAUCAUCAUCAUCAUCAUCAUCAUCAUCAUCAUCAUCAUCAUCAUCAUCAUCAUCAUCAUCAUCAUCAUCAUCAUCAUCAUCAUCAUCAUCAUAAUCAUCAUCAUCAUCAUCAUCAUCGUUGUCGUCAUCAUCAUCAUCAUCAUCAUCAUCACCAUCAUCAUCAUCAUC